UGCGGUCGCGUCGUCGUCUGUUUUCGUUAAACGUUUUUUAAGGGAACGCUUUUGAAGUGGAAGUGGAAGUGGAACGCCAUUCUUGUAAUAUUAGUCUAGGUCAGUAGAUAAACAACGGCGGCUAUGAAUUGUGUUAUCUGAGAGGGAGCGUUUACCGUUUUCUAGUCCCUUGUACAAAGUCGUCGAGUCCGUUUUUCCGCCGUCCGCCCCGUCUCGCUCCGCCCCGGCGAGUCAAUUAAAAAAAUUAGUUCACCGUUAAAAGUAGGUUAUUCGGGUCGAGUAUGUGUCGGGUGUCGCGAGCCGUGUUGCCCUCAUUUUCGGAUAUUGCAACAAAAACGAUGGCCAGGAGUGAGAAACUGGGACACACCACGGUUUUUUGAAUAUUACGCUUAAUCCAAUUAUUCUGAUCCACCGUCCGCCCCCAAAGCCGGGUGAAACACCCGAGGGAGUUAUGUAAGUUAUCGAUUUUGAAUCAACAAAUUAUUUAAAAGUCCCCUUUCGCCCGAGGGGGUCGAAUCGGCCCGGAAUAUCCAUCCGUUCGCCCACUUUUCCCACUGGCGGUCUAGCAUGUCCCUCGAGGAAAAACCGAUGGGUCAGAACGAAGCGGAUCCCCUGCUCAUCAAGGAAAAUCAUCACAACAAACAGGACGACAACGAAGAAGUCAGCCACCAAGAGUCAAAUCUCAACACCAACUACGACUCUUCCGACGGAGCCAUACCUAUGCACAGAUGUGAAGGGUGUGAUUAUGAAGCGAUGUCCAGAGCUGCACUCAUUCGCCACAACCUCACAUGCUGUCAACAGCAACAGAAAAAAUCAGAUGGCGAUGGCGGAGGGGAAGGACGUCAGACGGGGAAAAUGUUUGAAUGUGAUGUGUGCAACAUGAGAUUCUCUAACGGGGCGAAUAUGAGACGGCAUAAAAUGAGACACACAGGAGUGAAGCCGUACGAGUGCCGGGUUUGUGGGAAAAGAUUCUUUAGGAAAGAUCACUUGGCAGAGCACACGACCACACACGCCAAGUCACUCCCUUGGUCGUGCCCAAUCUGCCAAAGAGGAUUCCAGAGGCAGAUCGCCAUGAGAGCACACUUUCAAAAUGAACAUGUUGGUGGCAAUGGCACAUCUGCUGAGCCUAAGUCCUGCCCCCUUUGUUCGUACAAAGCCGCUAGCAUGAAGAGUCUGCGUGUGCAUUUUUAUAAUAGGCAUGGGAUAGAUCUGGAUAAGCCUUCCUUGAGUAAUGGUUGUGGAGACAGAACAGUUGAUAACGCAACUCCACCUAUGCAUUUUUUAACUCCACAUGUUGAAAUUUCAACUCAGGGUUCACCAAAUCAGCCUCAAGAAAUGGCAGAGAUGGAAACUGAUGUUGAUCAAGAGAGCCCUAGGGGCUCACCUGAGUCUGGUGAUUCGAUGACACCAUCAUCAUCUAUUGCUGAGAGAGUCAUCAAACUUGAGCCCCAAAACGUCGAGGGCGAGGAGGAGUACCAGGAGAACGAACGCAACAACACCGCAUCCCCUGUCAAUUUGAGCACAAGGGUUUCUCCUCUCGUUCGGUUGCUCUCUCGGAAUGAAGAGUCACUCUCAGACUCCAAGUUUCGCAGCGAACUUCGUCAGAUGGUGCAGAUCGAGCCGGACACCUGUGGCCAUUGUGGAAUCCGUUUUCCAGACCGGACGCUUUACUUCCUCCACAAAGGUUGCCACGCCGAAGGCAACCCCUGGAAGUGUAACAUAUGCGGAGAACAGACUAGAAACGUAUACGAUUUCAAUAGUCAUCUUCUCAGUAAAAAUCACCAAUAAGUCAAUUAUCGCUAUAUUUCAAGGUAUGUACUUUUCGUACUUUUAGGAAACAGAUUUUUAAAAGAAGCACAUUCCUUUUCUUUAAAAAUAAACUUCAAUACAUGAAGUUUACAAAUAUAUAUUUAGUACAAAACUUAUUACGUUGUAUGCCUGAUAUGCAAUAAAGUGUCUUAAUAACAAUUGCCUUAUAUUAGAACAAAAAUCCAAGGGUAAUGAUAUGUAAUGAAUUAUCACUUUAGUCAAACUUAGAUUUGAAGACAAAUUAAAUUAUUUUUAAUAAUAUGAUACCUCUUACUUGGAUGAACAGUGGGAAAAGUAUAUUUGUACCAAAUUUUAUUUUACACUUACAUCUUAAAAUUUUUACAGAUUAAACUUAUAUAAUUUACAAUUCAAAUUUUUAACUUAAUUUUAUGUAAAUUUGAAAAUCUAAUUGAUUUUGUAAUCCAAUUGAUGAUAUUACUCAUGAAAUUUGGUACAUGGUAUUUAGGACCAAACACUCACCAUCACCUAUGCUUAUGUUUGUUAGAUUUUUCGAUAAGCACUGGAACAUCAAACAUUCCAUUACAUGACACCAAUUUAGGUAAUAAGUUAUUUUUGUGUGCCCAAUAUUUUCCCUCAAUUUGUUUGUACAGUAUUUAUUUUUUCACUUUUGUUCAUUAAUUUAAUCAAAUGUAAUGUAUUUAUUGUAGGACUUGAGUUA